AUGAUUGCUUUUGAAAUCGCUAAGCUCCUCGAAGCUAAUGGGGACGAAAUUAUGUUCCUAGGCUCUUUCAACCUACCGCCACGUAUCAAAGAUCGUAUGCGCCAGCUCGACUGGGUAGAAGCUGAGUCGUUUGGUGGAGCUAUCUUAACCAGGAACAAGUUGAGGACCUGGAUAACACUUGCCCACAAGAUGCAGGAAGCUGCAUUAGAGUACGAACCUUCUGGCUCCGUGGCAAGCAUAGAUGUAUUCCACGCUAUACCUCUGAAGCUGGUAGCAGCGAACCCAACCGAUUGGAUAGAGAAUAAAUUGAGCAAAUGGGCUGAUUUCUCAAGAGAGCUGCCUCGAAUGCAUCAAGUGGACGUGCGCAUUACACAAUGA